GUGGGUAUUCGAUUCCUUAUUGAUUGUUUUGCUCUCUCUCUCUCCUUCUCACUCAGUCUCAAUUUCUUCAAAACCCUAAAUUGGGUCGAAUUGGCGGCACGAAUAAACCUCGGCGAGCGUCCAUGGCAGCCAACGGGCCGAACCUCGAGUGCCGGAUGUACGAGGCUAAGUAUCCGGAGGUCGACCAGGCGGUGAUGAUACAGGUGAAGAGCAUGGCCGACAGCGGCGCCUACGUUUCGCUCCUCGAGUACAACAACAUCGAGGGUAUGAUUCUCUUUUCCGAGCUGUCGCGCCGUCGUAUUCGGAGCAUCAACAGCCUUAUUAAAGUCGGUCGGAUCGAGCCGGUCAUGGUCCUCCGUGUCGAUAAGGAGAAGGGUUACAUUGAUCUCAGCAAGAGGCGUGUUUCCGAGGAGGAUAUUCAGGCUUGUGAGGAGAGAUUUAAUAAGAGUAAGCUCGUGCAUUCCAUCAUGCGACAUGUCGCUGAGACCAUGAAUAUUGAUCUUGAGGAUCUCUACGUCCACGUUGGCUGGCCUCUUUACAGGAAAUACGGGCAUGCAUUUGAGGCUUUCAAAUUAAUUGUUAAUGAUCCAGACACAUUGCUUGAUUCCUUAACUCGUGAAGUCAAAGAAAUUGGCCCCGAUGGACAGGAGAUAACGAAGGUGGUUCCUGCUUUAACUGAGGAAGUAAAGGAUGCGCUCGUUAAAAAUAUUAGGAGGAGAAUGACACCACAGCCUUUGAAGAUACGAGCUGAUAUUGAGAUGAAAUGUUUUCAGUUUGAUGGUGUUCUGCACAUUAAGGAAGCAAUGCGCAAAGCUGAAGCUGCCGGAAACAAUGACUGCCCUGUUAAGAUUAAACUUGUUGCACCUCCAGCGUAUGUUCUCAACACACAGACCUUGGACAAGGAGCAAGGCAUUGCGAUUCUCAACAAAGCUAUCCAAGCUUGCAUGGAAGAAAUCGAACAUCACAAGGGAAAGCUUACUGUUAAGGAGGCACCCAGAGCGGUGAGCGAACGGGAAGACAAACUGCUUGCAGAACACAUGGCUAAGUUGGGACGUGAAAAUGAAGAAGUUAGUGGUGACGAGGACAGCGAGGAGGAAGAAGACACAGGUAUGGGAGAAAUCGACGUGGAAAACACCGGAACGGGAAUAACAGAGUGAAAGAAGAUGAUGCUACAUUGUUUUUCUUUAUUUCGGACAAAUCUCGAUCAGCAUCAAUCAAAAUUUUUGUAAGUGUCCUCUCUCUUUCUCUCACAAAAUGGUUUCUCUGUGCAAUUGGUACCAUAAUGUGUUUUUGUUUUUUCUUAAAUUGUGUUGGUAAACAGCGUUUGUUUGAAUGCCAUAGAACAGAACACAACAGAACAGAACAAACCCUCCAAUUUCAUUUCUUCUGCAACAGCCAUUAUUUAACUGAUUCUGUUUAUUUGAUUAA